AUGGGCGAGACCUCCAUCAGCGUCGUCGCUCGCUUCCGCCCCGCGCGGCCUGGCGCCUCGGUUGACGGCGACGUUCGCUUUGGGGACGAUGGGCUGUCCGUGGAGACGGCGGCGAGCAGCCACACCUUUGACGGCGUGCUACCGCCGCACGCGUCGCAAGAGGAGACGUACGCGCAGGUCUCUCCCAUCGUGGAGGCGGUGCUGCAGGGGUACAACGGCACGGUGCUCGCGUAUGGGCAGACCGGCUCUGGCAAGACGCACAGCGUGACUGGCACUGCGCGAGACCCCGGCAUCCUGCAACGCGCGGUGCGGCACAUAUUUGAGUGGAUCCGGUCCGACGCGGGCGCCGCGACGCACCGGCUCACCUGCUCCUACCUCGAGAUCUACAAGGAGAAUGUGCGCGACCUGCUCGAGCCGUCGGACGCUUCCCUCUCUGUGAGGGAAUCGGGCAAGCGCGGCGUCUUCGUGGACGGGCUGAGCCAGGCGCAGGUGCUUCGCUGCCUCGAGACCGGCGGAUCGAGCCGGAGGGUUGGCGCCACGCAGAUGAACGCGCAGUCCUCGCGCUCGCACGCGCUGCUCACGCUCACGCUUGAGCGGAAGGGCGCGGACGGCUCGGUGCGGGUGUCGCGGCUCAACGUGGCCGAUCUCGCCGGCUCCGAGAAGGUUAGCCGGACGGGCGCGGCGGGCGAGCCUUCUCGAGGAGAGGGCAGAGGUGCGGCUGGGCGGGAGCUGGCACCGUUGGUGAGGAAUCACUCUGAACUUGCUGGCGAAAAGGCGCACGUCCCGUACCGCAACUCGAAGCUGACGCGCAUCCUGCAAGAGUCGCUCGGAGGCAACUCCAAGACGCUGCUGCUCGUCGCCUGCUCGCCAGAGGAGAGCGACGCCUCCGAGACGCACUCGACGCUGCUCUUCGCCUCGCGCGCAAAGACGAUUCAGACCGUCGCCGUGGUCAACACCAUCCUC